AUGAAAAUCACUUAUCUCAGUGGGUGCCUUGUGCUCAUUGUUACCAUAUUAGGAAGCGGCAAUGUUUCCGGGACGGAAUCAUGCGUUAAAAAGGUGGAAUAUGCUCGAGGCAAAUGCGCGACCAAUGGCUGCUCGACGAUUGUGGACGACGGCCAAUAUACGUUGAAGUGUGAUGAUCCACGUUGUCGCAACACGGACUGUGGCACAUCUUAUCAAUCCUCCGGGAAAACUUGCAAAAAGUGUCUAGUUAAAUCGACGGCUGAAUCGUCUUCACAGGAUCGAUGA